AUGGAUCCUGCCUAUACCACUUGGGUUUUCCAUGGUGAAAGUCCAAGUGAUGAUGUUCAAUAUGAAGAUGUGGAAAUGCCCGAGGCAAAUAGGUUGUACCAUGACUUUUAUUUCCAAGAUGAUGAAGUUGAGGGGUACCCUUGUGAAAGUAAAAAGGCAGAAAUUGAAAAUUUUAUUAGAGAAGUUGAAACUCCUUUAUUUCUUGGUUGUACUAAGUAUACAAAGAUGUCAGCAAUUGUAGCUUUAUUGAAGUAUAAAGCAACAAAUAGUCUAACAGAUAGUGCUUUUGAUGAAAUGCUUCAAAUUUUUGGUGAUAUGCUACCAGAAAAUAACACACUUCCUGGUUCAUUAUAUUCAACCAAAAAGAUAUUUAAGGCAUUUGAACUUGGAUAUGAGAAGAUACAUGCAUGCGUGAAUGAUUGUUGUCUAUUUAGACAUGAUCUUGAGAUGGUGGAGGAAUGUCCUAAAUGUGGUUCUUCGAGAUGGAAAGUAAAUCAACGCAAUUCUAAAAUUGAAAAGGGAGUCCCUGCAAAAGUAUUGCGUUACUUUCCAAUAAUACCGCGAUUGAGGAGGAUGUAUGCAAUAACUGAGACAGCUGAACAUUUAAGGUGGCACUCAACACAUAAAAGUCAAGAUGGUAAGAUGAGACAUCCCGUUGAUUCUUUGGCAUGGGAUAGGAUAAACAAGAAGUGGCCUUCUUUUGAAUCAGACCCUCGGAAUAUUAGAUUUGGCCUUUCUACGGAUGGUUUUAACCCUUUUCAAGAUCUUAGCUCUAGAUAUAGUUGCUGGCCAGUUGUUUUGGUUACAUAUAAUUUGCCUCCUUGGUUAUGCAUGUCUAAGGAGAGUUUGAUGUUGACUUUACUAAUCCCAGGUCCAAAACAGCCAGGUAAUGACAUUGACAUUUAUUUGGCACCACUUAUAGAUGAUUUAAAAGAUCUAUGGAAUAAUGGGGUGAAGGUGUAUGAUGCAUUUAGUAAAGAGACGUUCAACCUAAAAGCUGUGUUGAUGUGGACAGUAAAUGACUUUCCAGCUUAUGGAAACCUAUCCGGAUGGUCUACCAAAGGAAGAUUUGCAUGUCCAAUUUGUCGUAAAGACACAUGUGCUGAUUGGUUGACACAUAGUCAUAAAUUCUCAUACAUGGGUCAUAGAAGAUUUCUUGCUCCGAAUCAUCCAUAUCGCAAGAAAAUGAGUUGGUUUAAUGGACAUCAUGAAGAUAGGAGUAGACCAAAGAUUUCUACAGGUGAAGAAAUUUCUCUUGAAGUUAGCAAUUGCAAUGACUACUAUAACACCAUAUUUCUUAUUGAUUUACAGAAUCUACUUCUACGUCAUAAUUUGGAUGUCAUGCACGUAGAGAAGAAUAUUUGUGAGAGUAUUAUUGGAACACUUUUACUUAUGAAGGGAAAAUCUAAGGAUGGCAUCAAAUCUCGUAAAGACUUGGAAAAUAUGGGGAUUAGAAAAGAUUUGCACCCAAAGAAAAGAGGAAAGCGUUUCUAUCUAUCUGCAGCACCUCACACUCUAUCAAAGAAAGAGAAGGAAACUUUUUGUUGGAGGCUUGCCAAUUUAAAAUUACCCGAUGGUUAUGGUUCAAAUAUUGGAAAUUGUAUCUCCUUGGAAGAUAGUAAGAUAUUUGGCCUGAAGUCCCAUGAUUAUCACAUGCUAAUGCAACAAUUGCUAUCAGUGGCAUUGAGGGGCCUUUUACCUAAAGGUCCAAGGACUGCAAUUUUCCGGUUGUGUGCAUUCUUUAAUGAGUUAUGCCAAAGAGUUGUAGAUAGAAACAAACUAGAAAAAUUGGAGGAAGACAUUGUACAUACAUUGUGCAUGUUAGAAAGGUUCUUUCCUCCUUCUUUCUUCGACGUAAUGGUGCAUUUGACAAUCCACCUAGGACGGGAAGCUCGUCUAUGCGGACCGGUUCAAUAUCGUUGGAUGUAUCCAUUUGAGAGGUAUAUGAAAGUGUUGAAAGGAUAUGUUAUGAAUCGUGCACGACCGGAAGGGUGUAUGGCUGAACGCUACCUCGCUGAAGAGUGUGCUUUGCUAUGUAGCAAGUAUAUAAAGCAAGCUGCUGAUAUAGGCUCUAGAAAUGCACGCAAUGAAGAGUUUGAAAAUGGUUUACUGCUGGAAGGGCGUCCAAUAUCUCAAGGAAAAAGAAUAAUUCUUACAAAUGAGAUGUUACAAGUUGCUCAUCGCCAAGUGCUGUUCAAUAUGGCAGAAGUGCAGCCAUAUAUAGAGAUGCAUUUGGAUGAACUUAGGCAUUCAAAUAGACGUCUAUUAAAGAAUGAAACUUUAUUACAGAAAAAGCACGUGGAGUCAUUUGGCACAUGGUUGGAUGCUAAGAUUAGGGCGGAGGAGAUGGUCCACAAUGUGUCAAAUACUUUAAAGUGGCUUGCGCGUGAGCCUAGUCGCUAUGCAGUUUCAUAUUCUGGUUUUGUUAUCAAUGGUCUUCGGUUUCACACUAAAGAAUUUGAGAAAUCUCGACAAGACAGCGGUGUUUCACUUGAAGCAACAACUAUUUGUAUAUCUAGUGCAAGAGACAAUACACCAGUCACAGGGAAAGUAGCUUAUUAUGGGGUUUUGAGARAAGUCAUAGUCUUGUCAUAUCAUGAAUUUUAUAYUGCCUUAKUCAAGUGUGAUUGGGCAWGCAUUGUGAAUGGUAUCAAACUAGAURAUGGAUUUACCUUAGUUAACCUCCACGAAGGACAAAGUCAAUUUGAAAGGGAUCCUUUCAUUUUAGCAUCACAAGCUAAACAAGUUUUUUAUUCUAGGGAGGAUGAGACAUCUAGUUGGUAUGUUGUCAUGAAAGCACCACCCAAAGGAUUUCAAGACUUGGAGAUAUCCGAUGAGAUGGAAAGUGGCACAUCUACCCCAUUUGAUGUAUCAAGACUUGAUUAUGAUGAUAAUGAGGAUGAACAAUAUGUGCGGAUGGACGUUGAUGGAAUGUUUUUUGAUGAGUAG